GGCCUUGGCCCAACAAUAAUUAUCUGCCCAACAACAGUCAUGCAUCAGUGGCUUAAAGAAUUUCAUAAAUGGUGGCCAGAUUUUCGAGUAGCCAUUUUACAUUCCUCUAGUUCCUUUACUGGCUCAGAGGUUUGUUACAUUUUAUCUUAGCCGUGUUUCAACAUUCUUGCUUGAAGAAAAAAUUUUUGCUAAUUUAAUACAGGAAGUGCAAAUUGAUUUAAAAGUCUUAUUGUAAAAUCUUAAGUCCACAAUGUAAUAUUUGAGUACUUUUUAUUUAGUAACUAUAUCAAAUUUGAGUGCUGCAAAAAUUUAAAUAAUUGUAAAAAUUUUGUAAAUAUUGAUUAUUGUCAAUUGGCCUUUAUUAUAGAUACAAAGUUUUCAAAGUUCUUAAAUAAUUAGUAGUUUUCUUAUAUACAUAGUUCCUAUUUUUGUCCCAAAUAUUUAAGCUUAAAUCUUUUUUAAGGGAUUUUUAAAUGUUUGCAUCUUGAUAUUAAAUUUCAAAUCUGCAUUAAAUGUGUUAAAAACAUUUUUAUUAAAAUCCAGUCACAAAUGCUUGCUAAUUGAAAGAUUCUAUUGUUGCUCAUCUUCAGUCUGACCUGGUACGAUCUAUUGCAAAAAGUCAAGGUAUUCUUAUCACAUCAUACAACACAUUGGUUAUUCACCAAGAAUUAGUGUUACGUUUUAACUGGCAUUAUGUCAUCUUGGAUGAGGGUCAUAAGAUUCGUAAUCCAGAUGCUAAAGUCACAUUGUGUUGUAAACAGGUAUGUGCACAUUUUGAAUUCAUUCUUGGAUAUUGUAAAAUAUUUAUCUUAGAUAUUACUAUGUAACUUAAAAUAUGGCCAAGCAUAUUUCAGUAAUAUUUUAAUGUUACUUUACUAACAUUUAAUUCAUUUGAAAAGGAAAAUCUGUAUACAGGUGCAUGGAGUAAAUUUGUUGCUAUUACUAUUAAAAUAUAAGCUUUCAAAUUUUUUCACAAAUGUGAAAUAUUGUUUUGAUGUUGUUUUUUUGUGUGGUUUGUUUCAGUUCAGGACACCUCACAGAAUCAUCUUGUCAGGUUCUCCUAUACAAAAUAAUCUAAAGGAACUUUGGUCUUUGUUUGAUUUUGUUUUUCCUGGCAAGCUUGGUACCUUACCAGAUUUUAUGCAGCAUUUUUCUAUUCCUAUAGUUCAGGGAGGCUACUCUAAUGCCACACAAAUACAGGUAGGAAAGAAGUCAGAAAUAAUAAAAAUAAUUCACAUGCUGGGUACCAUAAUUCAUUUAAUAGUCUGCACCAUGAAACUUCAUCAAAAAAUAAAUGCAGGCUCAGGAAUUUAAAAGUUACAGCCAGACUUGUGAAUAUGACAUAUUUAAAAAUGCGGAUUACUCAUGAUCAUGCUAGAUGAGGUUUUCAUCAUUUCUUAUCUUAAAAGAUAAAACUAAACAAAAUGAAAGGUAAACAUUAGAUCACAACAAAGUUAAUUUCCAGGUUGAAACAGCCUAUCGAUGUGCAUGUAUUCUGCGAGACACCAUCAAUCCUUACCUCAUUAGAAGAAUGAAAGCUGAUGUCAAGAAAAGUCUUGAUCUUCCCAACAAAAGUGAACAGGUAAUUAUUAUUAUUAUUUUUUUUAUUGUAUGGAAUAUUUAUAAUAUAUUUCAGUUAUUGUUUACUUUAUUUAAUUUAUUUUGCUGGAUUGUUGUAUAAGUUUUAAUGAAACUAAUUUGAACUAGGGAAUUAUGGGAAAUAAUAUGGCUAAUAAUAGUUCUAAAAUUUGGUAUACUUUUUUAAGUAUACAACAUUAUACAGUUUUUAAAAUUUUAAAUUUUGAUUUAACUGCAUUUUUAUUGAUAUCUAGCCUAAAUUUAGCCUUUUGAAUUUGAUAUACCUUUUUAGAAUGAUUAAUUUUCCUCACAGGUCCUGUUUUGUCGACUUACAGAUGAACAAAGAGAUGUUUAUCAAGAAUAUUUGGACUCACGAGAAUGCAACGCCAUCUUACAAGGAAAGUUUCAGGUAAAACACAUUUGAGGCCAGUCUCAUCUUACAAGGAAAGUUUCAGGUAAAACACGUUUGAGGCCAGUCUCAUCUUCAGACUGACUAUUGAAUCAAAUGGUUUUAAAGCUUUACAAUGAAUUAAAUUUUUUUUCCCCUUCGUUCCUAUUUGACAGCUUCCGUCUUGAAUUCCGUCUUUAGGUUUUUUCUGGUCUCAUCACCCUACGUAAGAUAUGCAACCAUCCUGAUCUGUCGACCGGAGGCCCCCAUUUGUUUAGCCAGGAUGCCCCGACAGAUCCAGAAGAUCAGUUUGGCUACCACAAGCGGAGCGGGAAGAUGAUUGUGGUUGAGGCACUGUUGAGGCUGUGGCACAAGCAAAAACACAAAGUCUUGUUGUUCACACAGAGCAAGUCUGUAAGCUUCUUUGUUAUGUCUUCCAAUCAAUGGUUUAUAUAGCACUUGAUUGGAAAUCUAUCAUUGGUUUAUAUAGCACUUGAUUGGAAAUCUUCCAUUGGUUUAUAUACUACUGUAUUGGAAAUCUUCCAUUGGUUUAUAUACUACUGUAUUGGAAAUCUUCCAUUGGUUUAUAUAGCACUUGAUUGGAAAUUGAUUUAGUUUCCAUAAAUUAUGUUUUGUUAAAAUCCAAUAUUAAACAAAUGAUAUCCAUCCAUGUCUUUUAUUAUUCUUUUUUACUUUUGGUGUAAUAUUUUUAUUUUAUUUUCCAGAUGUUGAAUAUUUUAGAAAAGUUUGCGCAUGAUCAAGGUUACACGUACUUGACCAUGGAUGGCGGGACGUCAAUAAUGGCCAGGCAGCCGCUCAUUGCCCAGUAUAAUAAUGUAAAACUUAUUUAUUUUCUUAGUCUCAUAAAUGUUAGAUAUCCUCUUAUUUAAAAUAGUAAACACUUUCAAGGAGGAAUUCAAUUAUUCAAACACUUUCAAGGAGGAAUUCAAUCAUUCAAACACUUUUAAGGAGGAAUUCAAUUAUUCAAACACUUUCAAAGAGGAAUUCAAUCAUUCAUUUUCACUAAAGAGCAAACAAAAAUUUUAAAUAGAAUAUUUGAAAUAUUUAUAAUGCAUUGUAUGAGAAAAUUUUUCCUUAGAGAACAAAUAGGCUUAAAAUGCUUUUGAAGAACAAAAGAUAAUAUUUUCUCUCUCCAUUUAAAGUGUUGUUUUUUUUGGGUACAAAAUAAGAAUAAAUCAAGGACAGAGAAAGAAACUAGCAGAGAUUCAGGUCCCUUCUCUAUAAGUAUAAGUACGUUUUAUUUGCACACAGGAUCCGUCCAUUUAUCUCUUCUUACUAACCACAAGAGUGGGAGGACUUGGGGUUAACCUGACAGGGGCAGACAGGGUCAUCAUCUAUGAUCCGGACUGGAACCCCAGCACUGAUGUACAGGCCAGAGAAAGGGCAUGGCGGAUUGGGCAGACGCGUCAAGUGACCAUCUAUAGGCUAUUGACCUCUGGCACAAUUGAAGAGAAGAUUUAUCACAGGUGGGUUCGAUUGAAAUUUGUGUUAUACUUUUGAACCAAUCCACUAUGCAUUGCUUUACACAUACCCCCCCCCCCCCCUAAGAAGAAAUGUUGGCUUAAUCUUGUUUGUAAACGGCAACGCUACAUUUUACUGUUCACUUUGAAUUAUUGUGCACUGUGGGUGUUAAUACUUGCUGGCAUAUUUAAAGUCAUCACCAUUGUAAGCAUUGGGUAUUUGUUUUGGUUAAAAUUGGAUCCUCAACCUGUGAUCAAUAGUCUUCAUGCACCAAUUUAAGCUGUUGAUAAAGACCCCAAAGAUAUAGUAGGUUUUACCUUUUUUAAAUUUUAGUUUGGGUACUUCCCUUCCUUCUUUCAGCCAUAUUUUCUAUUCUUUAAGGCAAAUUUUCAAGCAGUUUUUGACCAAUCGAGUAUUGAAAGAUCCAAAACAGAGAAGGCUUUUCAAAUCUCAAGAUAUGUUGGAGCUCUUCACGUUAGGAAGUCAAGACAACAAGGAAGGAACGGAGACCAGUGCACUGUUUGCCGGUACAGGUUCAGAUGUGAAGAUGCCGAGGAGGCAUAGGAGGAAUAGAUUUGAUGAAAUUCAAGAAAGGAAGGAGAGGGAGAAGAAGGAAGUGGAGGAGGAGGAAAGAGGGAAUGAUUCAAGGUUUGAGGAAGAUCAGGAUAUGGGCUUAGAGGAUGAAGAGUUUGAGAGGAUGAAAGAGUUAGCCAGAAGUCUGAGCAGGAAAAUGGAAAUUGAAAAGAGAUCAAGGGAAUCUGGAUCCACAGAAACUGGCCAGCAAAAAUUAACCAACAAAGGACAGUCAAGUAGCCAACGAAAUUCUUGUGAAAAAACUACAGAACAAAGUUUGUCAGAGAAUGAAGAGGUCCACCAAAUUGCAAAGACAGAAGGCAGCUCUGAGGGCAAAACACUUGUGAGUAAUAGAGAUGAUGAGGAAAUGUGGGUCAAUGUCAAGGUUGAACAACCAGAUGAAUGGGUCCAACCAACAUCCUCAGAAAUGUCUGUACCCAAAAGCUCAAAUACAGAAAAUAGCACAGGAUCUUCAGAUGUGGCCAAAAAGGGACAUAACUGGCAGCACAAUGGUAAAAUAUGGACUAUCCCCAAAAACACAAACCGAGAAACGCAACGGUCAAGAGAGAAACCUAGUAGAGAAAACACAAAUUUUGAAACAGAAAUUUCAACAAGCACCUGGACAGUUGAUGACCAGGAGUCAGAUAAUAAGAGACAGAGCAGAUCAAAUCACAGACGGGAUGAUGGAAAGAAUAAAAAACACAAGAAGAAAAAGAAACGGCAUGAUGCUCGUAAGUUGUUGUCGGCUUUGUACUCGGGCAAAGAAAUCUUCUCAGAUCUUAAAAUUUUGAAUUUUAUUUAUAAAGUACUUAGAAUAAAUUCAUUAAAAAUUUUCUUAAUUUAUCAGACUAUGAAGCAUCCUUAGGGUAAAAGUAAUAUUAAAGAGUGAAUCAAGAGUAAAUAAAAUACCUUAGAAAUGUAUUUUGUUAGAAAUAGUGUUUAUGCUUUUAGAUUACGUUUGCAGGUUUUGAAGGUGAAAGAAUACCCCAUCUGGUGAAGCACAUGCCACUGUCUCAGCCCGGUCCCGGUACGUCAACAGACGAGCAACAAACAAAACCACAAAUAUCACACACAGAGCAACCGGACAGCAACAAGCAUCAGGAUGACUAUGUUCUAAGGCAGCUUUUUAAGAAAACAGGUCUGUUGCAUCACUUCUUGCUUCCAUCACAUGUUGCAAACAUCAAUGGCAUCACGGGGGGGAGGGGUGCUGGCCGCACCUGGUGACAUCCCCCCCAAAGGGGGUGUGAGGGGGUAACAGUUAACAUCCAAUGGAAAAUUGUAACUUUGACUGAGCCCACUCAAGUUUGUGCUAUAACUCAGUGGUCCCCAAACUUUUUAACGCCGCGGACCAGUCAACGUUUGAUAAUUUUUCCCCGGCCCGUUUGGGGGGGGGGGGAGGAGGAGUUGAUUGUUUAUGUUUUAGAUUAUUUUGAUUUUAUAAAUUUUAAUAUGAUUGUAUUUAAACAUGCCUUCAAAAUAAAAUACAAUUACACCAACAAAAAAUGAAUAUAAGGUGAUUUAUCAUUUUAAUUGACUAGAACGCUAAAUCAAUGAGAACCCUGAUCUUGUUUUUCUUCAAUGACACUGUUCCAUCUGGAGGGCAAUAGGAGACAAUGACACCCGACGUGUGUUGCUUGUGUCCAGUUUAUUCCGUUGUUUUGUUUUGGUUGCUGUCACUGCAGAAAACCAACGCUUGACACAGAUAGGAUGUCGGAAAUGUCAAUAGGGAUCUAAGUGCUAUGGUGGCAAUCUCAGGGUAUUCCGCCAUGACUUUCAUCCAGAACACCGACAGAGUUGUUGUCUCGAACGUAGUUUUAAGGCCACCGUCAUUUGCAACCUCCAUCAGUUGAUCUCCUUCUUGCACAGACAAACUAGAGUCGCCUGGUUUGUUGACACAAGGGUCUUGGAUCCAUUCCUUACCAGUUCGUAGGUUUUUUGCGGUUGGGAAGUAGCGCUCGAAGUUUCUUAACACCAAAGACAGGUGAUCGUGCACCAACUGGGAGAAUGAAUGCUCAGCCUGACGGUUGCUGGUGCCCUGUUCAUGCUUAGUGUUGGCGUACCCUUUUAAAUAUAAUCAUCAACGGAAAAACUAGUUAUUCGGUAAUGAGUUUAUUACCUAUGUUUUUGUUAAAACAAACACUGAACAAUAAAAUUGAUUUUUUUAAGUUGUAUCUGAAGAGUAUGAACAAUGAGCUCACUGACUGAUGACAUUUUGUCUUAGCCUUUAGAUCGGAGCAUCUUUUUUAGUGCAAUUUCUUUUUGAUUCCAUGGCGCCCAAAUGCUUUCUCCUACUUUCAAAGAUACUUGAUACUUGAUGGCGGCCUAAGCACACACCGUGCCCCACUGAAAAUUGAUGGAUGCCAUCAUGGUGAUAUCUACAAGCCCCACUGAAAAGUGAUGGAUGCCAUCAUGGUGAUAUCUACAAGCCCCACUGAAAGUGAUGAAUGCCAUCAUGGUGAUAUCUACAAGCACUACUGAAAAGUGAUGAAUGCCAUCAUGGUGAUAUCUACAAGCCCAACUGAAAAGUGAUGAAUGCCAUCAUGGUGAUAUCUACAAGCCCCACUGAAAAGUGAUGAAUGCCAUCAUGGUGAUAUCUACAAGCACUACUGAAAAGUGAUGGAUGCCAUGGUGAUAUCUACAAGCACAACUGAAAAGUGAAAGAUGCCAUGGUGAUAUCUACAAGCCCCACUGAAAAGUGAAAGAUGCCAUGGUUGUAUAUACAAACCCCACUGAAAAGUGAUGAAUGCCAUCAUAGUGAUAUCUACAAGCCCCACUGGAAAGUGAUGGAUGCCAUCAUGAUACCUACAAGCCCCACUGAAAAGUGAUGGAUGCCAUGGUGAUAUCUACAAGCACUACUGAAAAGUGAAAGAUGCCAUGGUGAUAUCUACAAGCACUACUGAAAAUUGAAAGAUGCCAUGGUGGUAUCUACAAGCCCCACUGAAAAGUGCUCAUUUCUAUUAUACUUGGAAGUACAGACUGCUCAUUCCAAUUAUACUUGGAAGUACAGACUGCUCAUUCCUAUUAUACUGGGAAGUACAGACUGCUAAUUCCUAUUAUACUUGGAAGUACAGACUGCUCAUUCCUAUUGUACUUGGAAGUACAGACUGCUUAUCCUAUUAUGCUUACUACAGACUGCUCAUUCCUAUUAUACUUGGAAGUAUGGAGUGCUCAUUUCUAUUGUACAUUAAAGUACAGACUGCUCAUUCCUAUUAUUCUUGGAAGUACACACUGCUCAUUCCUAUUAUACAUUAAAGUACAGACUGCGCAUUCCUAUUAUACUUGGAAGUACAGACUGCUCAUUCCUAUUAUACUGGGAAGUACAGACUGCUCAUUCCUAUUAUACUUGGAAGUACAAACUGCUCAUUCCUAUUAUAAUUGGAAGUACGGACUGCUCAUUUCUAUUCUACAUUAAAGUACAGACUGCUCAUUUCUAUUCUACAUUAAAGUGCAGACUGCUCAUUCCUAUUAUACUUGCAAGUACAGACUGCUCAUUCCUAUUAUACAUUAAAGUACAGACUUCUCAUUCCUAUUAUACUUGGAAGUACAGACUUCUCAUUCCUAUUAUACUUGGAAGUACAGACUGCUCAUUCCUAUUAUACUUGGAAGUACAGACUGCUCAUUUCUAUUAUACUUGGAAGUACAGACUGCUCAUUCCUAUUAUACUUGGAAGUACAAACUGCUCAUUCCUAUUAUACUUGGAAGUACGGACUGCUCAUUUCUAUUAUACAUUAAAGUACAGACUGCUCAUUCCUAUUAUACUUGCAAGUACAUACUGCUCAUUCCUAUUAUACAUUAAAGUACAGACUUCUCAUUCCUAUUAUACUUGGAAGUACAGACUGCUCAUUCAUACUAUACUUGGAAGUACAGACUGCUCAUUCCUAUUAUACAUUAAAGUACAGACUGCUCAUUCCUAUUAUACUUGGAAGUACAGACUGCUCAUUCCUAUUAUACUUGGAAGUACAGACUUCUCAUUCCUAUUAUACGUUAAAGUACAGACUGCUCAUUCCUAUUAUACUUGGAAGUACAGGCUGCUCAUUCCUAUUAUACUUGGAAGUACAGACUGCUCAUUUCUAUUAUACUUGGAAGUACAGACUGCUCAUUCGUAUUAUACUUGGAAGUACAAACUGCUCAUUCCUAUUAUACUUGGAAGUACGGACUGCUCAUUUCUAUUAUACAUUAAACUACAGACUGCUCAUUCCUAUUAUACUUGCAAGUACAGACUGCUCAUUCCUAUUAUACAUUAAAGUACAGACUUCUCAUUCCUAUUAUACUUGGAAGUACAGACUUCUCAUUCCUAUUAUACUUGGAAGUACAGACUGCUCAUUCCUAUUAUACUUGGAAGUACAGACUGCUCAUUCCUACAAUACUUGGAAGUACAGACUGCUCAUUCCUAUUAUACAUUAAAGUACAGACUGCUCAUUCCUAUUAUACUUGGAAGUACAGACUGCUCAUUCCUAUUAUACUUGGAAGUACAGACUGCUAAUUUUAACACUGAUCUUUUUUUAGUUAAUCAGAACUGUUAAUUAUUGCAUGUUUUUAACAAACAUUUGGUAUCAUUUUUGCUGCGGUAUUUCCAGGUAUUCAGGGUGCCAUGAAGCAUGAUAAGAUUAUGGAGUCUGGGCGGCCGGACUAUGCUAUUGUUGAAGCAGAAGCUGAAAAAGUUGCCAGGGAAGCAGCUGCGGCUUUGAAGCGGUCUCGACAAAUGUGCUCGUCAGCCCUGUCUGGUGUGCCGACUUGGACAGGGCAGCAUGGACGGACAUCCAAGUGAGAGUUGACCACCAUUUCUUACCAAAGCAACUAUUUCGAUGUAGUUUUUUUUACAAAGGUUUUUUUAAUGAAAUCUCUAACUCUAAGGGACACAUUAACAAACAAAAGGUGAAAUUCUUCGUGAUCCUCCCAGGUCACACUUUCUCCGCUACUGAAGCCAAAUUAACAUCUACAAAGGUGUAUUUAUUUGACUAGAAAAUAUUAUUGCAAAAAAUAAAAAAUAAAUACGAUUAAAGACGAUUAAAAGAGGACAUUUUAUUUAUCUGUGCUUUCCUAAUUAUAAUCAGUGAGAAUAUAAAAAAAAAACUCACUAUCCAAUUUUACAGCUUGUUUUAUCUCAUUUCAUUUCAUAACAUCUCAUUUCAUAUCAUAUCAUAGUUAGCACUUAAUACAACAAAAAAAACAACAAAUUCCUAAUGGUUAGCUGAUAUUUUCUUAACAGACCCAGGUUUGGACAGAAGAAAAAUACUUUGUUGGUCUGUAAGCCCAACAAGUCUGAAUCAUCCAGCUCACCUCAGGUUGCCUCAAGUUCUCAGGUAAUGAACCUGUCAGUCAUGAAUUGUAUCAAAUGGAGUGAAAACUUCUACCUGACUCCACUGUUUAUUUUUAUUAAAUUAUAAUGGAAAAAAACUUGAAAAUUGAAGAAUAUUUUUACAAAAUUUUUUAAAAAAGGAAAUGAGUAAAUACCAAAACACUGAUAUUUCCAUUUAUUCAAUAGUUGUACUAUAAAUGAAGCUUAAGCAAUCACGUGGCAACAUAUAUAAACAAUCCUUUGAUAGUUUUAUAGAAAAAUAUUUGAAUCUGAAAUGUUACAUUUAUUUAUAACAAGGUCCAGAACAACUCCAAUAAAGAAAAGAGCAAGCUGUUUGACGGCAGCAUGUCGGGCAAUGUUUCACUUGCUUCCAAAAAUGACACCAUGACCUCCGGUGACCUCUUGUCUCGAAUCAGAGCAAGGAAAAGGAUAUCCACCAUUCAGGUACCCGAAGACGACUUCCUUCGCCCGGAUCCACCAUCAAGUCUGGAUCCCAAAGAUGAGGAACUCUUACAGGAUAUUCGCAAUUAUGUCGCAUUCAUGGGCAACACCAACGGCGAGGCGUCGACACAAGAAAUUGUUCUCAACUUCGGCAAACGUCUUCCUAAAUCUGAUGCACCCAAGUUCAAGGCAAUGCUAAACCAGAUUUGUGAUUUCCAUUCAGGUGUUUGGAAAUUAAAAUCAGAGUUUAGGUAGAUACUCCAGCUCAACAAGAACUUUAAUAUGGUGGGACUUUGAUUUUGGUCUCUAAGGCUCAGUAGUGAAGAUGGGGCAUAACUUUGAUUUUGGUCUCUUAAGGCUCAGUGGUGAAGAUGGGGCAUAACUUUGAUUUUGGUCUCUUAAGGCUCAGUGGUGAAGAUGGUCAUGGGGCAUAACUUUGAUUUUGGUCUCUAAGGCUCAGUAGUGAAGAUGGUCAUGGGGCAUAACUUUGAUUUUGGUCUCUUAAGGCUCAGUAUUGAAGAUAGUCAUGGGGCAUAACUUUGAUUUUGGUCUCUUAAGGCUCAGUGGUGAAGAUGGUCAUGGGGCAUGUCUGUUUGUGUUCUAUUACUUAUUGGGUGAAAUGAUAAAUAUGCCUAAAAUGCAGCUGAUGUCACAAUCUGUUGAGUCAAGUUUCUAUGAACUGGAGAUUGUUAUUACCCAAUCUGGUUAGAGCCGGCUGUAUCUGUGC